AUGUCGACCCGCAGCAACCGCUUCUCCGCCUCCUUCCAGCCCCUGCGCACCAACAUGCGCACCCUCCGCACCGCCUUCAGCCCCCCACGCUCCUCGCGCUCCGCCUCCACAACCUCAUACAGCAGCACCUCGACCACGCCCCUGACCCACUCGCACUCGCCCUCGCACUCGCCCUCGCACUCACCCUCGUCCUCGCACUCCUCGUCGCACUCCCGCAACCCCUCCCCGCAGAGCAUGCGCUCGGCGCAUAGUCUCGCGGAUGUGCUCGCGCUACGCCGCGCGCCAUCGGAGCGCGCGUUUGAGAGCGCGCGCGAGGCACGGGUGUUCGCGGUCGGGUUGCAGGUGCUGGAGCCCCGGCCGCGGGAGGAGUGUGAGGGCGUGGUGGGGAUUUUCGAGGUUCUGGAUGGGAAGUGCUAG